GGAUGCUCGGCGGACUGCUUCUGCACGGUCUCUUUGUCUAAAGGAUGCAAACAGUCUAUGGAUGCUAGAGAAAAAAGGGUGGGGGAGAGAUUACCUCAUCCCACGUCGCUUGCACCAAUCACCAGUCUCCUGUCAUGACUUCUCUGGGCAGAUUGGGGGUCUGGACCAACAGGAAAAGGCCCCAGCCCAUCCCCAUGGUGACCGAGUUGUAUAUAGGGAGCCGCAUCCGCCCCUGUGCCGCAGGUUCUCUUACAUCGACCGCCUAAGAGUCGCGCUGUAAGAAGCAACAACUUCUCCUCCUCGUCUCCGCCAUCUGCUCGACAGCCGCGAAGCAGCAACCAUGCGUGAGUGCAUCUCCAUCCACGUUGGCCAGGCUGGUGUCCAGAUCGGCAAUGCCUGCUGGGAGCUCUACUGCCUGGAACAUGGCAUCCAGCCUGACGGCCAGAUGCCAAGUGACAAGACCAUUGGGGGAGGAGAUGACUCCUUCAACACCUUCUUCAGUGAGACGGGCGCUGGCAAGCACGUGCCCCGGGCAGUGUUUGUAGACCUGGAACCCACGGUCAUUGAUGAAGUUCGAACUGGCACCUACCGCCAGCUCUUCCACCCUGAGCAGCUCAUCACAGGCAAGGAAGAUGCUGCCAAUAACUAUGCCCGAGGGCACUACACUAUUGGCAAGGAGAUCAUUGACCUCGUGUUGGACCGAAUUCGUAAACUGGCUGACCAGUGCACCGGUCUCCAGGGCUUCUUGGUUUUCCACAGCUUUGGUGGGGGAACUGGUUCUGGGUUCACCUCCCUGCUCAUGGAACGGCUCUCAGUUGAUUAUGGCAAGAAGUCCAAGCUGGAGUUCUCCAUCUACCCGGCGCCCCAGGUUUCCACAGCUGUAGUUGAGCCCUACAACUCCAUCCUCACCACCCACACCACCCUGGAGCACUCUGAUUGUGCCUUCAUGGUAGACAAUGAGGCCAUCUAUGACAUCUGUCGUAGAAGCCUCGAUAUUGAGCGCCCAACCUACACUAAUCUUAAUCGCUUUAUUGGUCAGAUUGUGUCCUCCAUCACUGCUUCCCUGAGAUUUGAUGGAGCCCUGAAUGUUGACCUGACAGAGUUCCAGACCAACCUGGUGCCCUAUCCCCGCAUCCACUUCCCACCCAAGCUGUCCAUUUCUUUGAUGGGUUUCGAAUAA